ACAAAGAUGGCGGUGUUAUAGAAAGGCGGUCAGCGCUGCAGAAUUUCAGGAAUUUCGACAGUAUUACUGAACAUGUUAUCAUAACAUACACAAAAAUCAUCUCUCUGAUUUUCGGAUUGUAUUGUGUACCAAAGUAAUAAUUUCUGGAGCAAAAUCGAUGCUUGAAAUAGCACAGGUGUGCUAAAUACCUGUAGCCUUAGGUAAAAGACGGAAGUGUUAUUGUCGAUUUGAAAAAUGGCGGACUUCAUGAGUAACCUACUACGGGCCAAACUUUUGACCCUUUCAGGAAUAGUGUACUUGUUAUGUAGUUUAGCGUGUAUUCUGUCGGCAUUGCUUCCCUUUUGGUUUGUUCUGAGAGUAGACCUGACUUAUUCAGACGACAGCAGCGCAACAGUAUCGAGGAAAAUCAACUCUGGUCUGUUCUUCAUGGACGAGGGACGAUUUAUCAACAUGAUGAUGCUUGGUAAAAUAGACAACCAUGGGCUAGUUCCACCCAUGCUACAGCUGGCCCAGCUGUUGUUUCUGCUGGGAUCUCUGGGAAUGAUUGUGUGCUGUGCUACAACUUUUAUCCUGGCCUGUAGGAAAUACGCCUCAGCUACAGGAGAGCUCUGCCUGGCGGUGGCGACCACUCCUCUUACAAUAUGUAUGGUGGCCUCAAUAAUCCUGGUUUUUAUGUCUGUGCUGGUGGACACCCAAGCAGAAUGGCAUGGACUCCCAGUUCCUGAUUAUACUCCAAACCGGUUUGCUGGAUUUUACAAAGUACUGAAAGUUAUUCCUGAGAUUUCCCUAAACUUUGGGACUUAUGUGGCGUGUAUUGGAGUCGUGUUUUCCAUCGUAGGCACCGUCUUGAUGUGGAUCCAGGCAUGCUGUACCUGUCAAGAGUUCCAUGACACCCGCUAUCACAUGCUAAGGGAGAUUCCUGAUUUGGGUUCCAGCCCAAUCCCUGGGAAACACCAUGGUUUUGCCAAUAUCGGGUAUACAAAAACAAAUCCCGGAGAAAUCAAUAUUUAAUCAUUUUCUGAACCAUUUUCUCAAAAAAACAAAACAAAAAAAUACAAUGAAACAAUCUCAUUGAAUUAGAUUAACAAAAUAUCCAUUAUUGAUUUUAGUUAAACAAAAUUCUUAUAAAAUGUGUUGAUCUUUGAGAUUCCACAUAUAUCAGAAAAUCAAGACUAGGCCAGUAUAUACUGUAAACUUACUAAAUUUAGCGCUCUCAAAUUUUAGCAAAUUUAACAGAUACAUGCAGUGGUGAUUCAGCCCACUCAUAUUUGUUAUUAUAAAACUAGAAUAUGGUAAGAGCUCAACCAUAAUUUUGUAUAAUGCAUCCUUUGAGCACGAAAAUAAGAUACCGCUAAAUUGUAUUGUUUACAGUGUGCAGAUUGUAUUUUUCUUCUUUUUUUGUUAGUUUUGAGAAAAUGGGACUGGAUAUUCUUUUCAGAUUUUCUUGAAUAAAUGUGUAGUUUUAAAUAAAACAAAGAAAAGUGUACAAUUUAUUCAAGAAAACUUGUAGUGUAGAAAGGAAUAAAUCUUCAUAAUGAAAAGACUGAAAACUGAUCAGUUCAAAAAAUGGAAUCCACAGUUUACUUAGAUUAAUGGGUGAAAAGAAUUAAUAUGAUUGUUAGAAAAUUCAUGUGAAACAAUUAUUCAGCCAAUAUAAAAAUAUUUUAGAGUAUAUGGAGUGUUCAAAACAUAAAAACUGUUUCUUCCUUCCUGUACUUACCUGCCCAAAUUUGAAGUGAUUACUUCAAUUUUAUCUUUUCUUUCUUGACAUCAACUUAUAACAGACAUAAGUCUUAAAUUAUGUUUAUAAAACAACAACAGAAUCACUGGUCCUGAAGACUGGACCUGUAUGAAAUUAUAGAUUGUUUUUUAAGGACAUACAGCAUUUUUGUUUAUUACAGGAAACUUACUUUACAAGUAGAUAAACAAUCUAACUUCCUAACUUUAAGUUUUUCAUAUGACAUUUGAAACAUUACAGAUUUUUAAGGGAAGUUCUUGUAACUAAAAUUGUUUUCCUUGGCUCUGAUCAUAUUUUCCUGUGAAAAUGAAAGCUUAACAAUUUCCUUAAGUUAAGGAACCUUGAAGGAACCGAGUCCAAGUUGUUUUUAUAGAAAAACUCUGAAAUACUUAAAUAUGGAAUUAUCUUAAUUGCACAGAAAAAUACAUGCAUUUUGAAAAUAGACUCUAAAACAGAUAUGUACCAAGCUUAAAGUCUAGAAAUAAAUUCAAUGUGAAAGUACAUGUAUAACAAAUGUAUUUUGAACGAAUUUCUUAAACUUUAACAUUGUACUUUUGUGAAAGUAUUUAACAAUUUACGAGAGUAUCUACAGUCUUAAUUAAGUGCUUUUUCUAGAUAUGUACAUAAAACCCUUGACCAGUAAUGAUAUUGGAAGUUUUGCUGUUAUACUUCCUAAUUUUGUACAUAACAAAAAGUGCCAUAAAAUCAUCAGAAAAGAUCUUUAAAAAAAAUGUUUUAUUUCAAAUUUGUGUUUUGGUACCUUAUAUGAAAAUCCGUUUCUGAUUUACCCUUACAUGGUGAACCAUUUUGGUGCAAAUCUAUUUCAUAGUAAAAAGUUCAGGUGUUACAAAUUAUGUAGUAUUUUCCAGUAAAAAUGUUUCCGCUAUUAAUGAAUAUGAAAUAAAAUGAUGAAUAUCAUUGUGUAAUCGAGUAUAACCGUAACUCAAUAACUAUGUUUGUAUGUAAAUAGACUGUAAUAAAACUGUAUCCCUAUAUAUAUAUAUAUAUAUAACUAUAUACGCACAUAAAAUGUACCAAGUAACAAAGCUUUAACUCUUAAUAUCAACAUUUACAAUUUAUUGAUAUUUUUAUAUCCAUGUCCUAUAUAAAUCCGCCGUGACAGGAAAGUUUGAACUAAUUUCGUGGGGCUGUAGAUCCCAAAAUUUAAAAAGAAUUGUACAGAUUUAAAUAUAAUAUGCUGGCCUUCCAGUAGACCCUUGACUGGCCUUGGGAGUAUGUUUUUGACUCCCUUAAAUGAUAAUUGACUCUUCGGUUUAAGGGACUUGUCUAUUUGAUAUAUAUUUGGUCCCUUCAUGAUCAGAUUUCCAAGAAAUAAUGAUUUGAAUUUGACUCCUGAAAUUGAAUUAGAGGUCAUAUAUGGAUGCCCUAAUAUACUGGUACUUUCAGAAAGGAACUUCAAUGAUGAGAUAAAUAUUUCAACUGCCUGAUUUGAAGUUAACAUUAAUACUUAUAAAAAUAAAAAGUAAUUGGUACUUGGUAAAUAGAUAUAUUGUAAAUUAACAGGUCUAGACAGAUAUAAAAUGGUAGAUAAAAUAUAAUAUUCAAAGAAAAACAUAUAAACAAGACUGGAUUAUGUCUCUUUAAUUGGACCAUACCCUUGCCAUUAGUAAAUUAGUAAACAUAUAGAAUAAAUAUAAUGUAAGGUUUGUUUUAGCUAUAAUGACUUUAUUAUCUAAGAUAUCAUCACAUAGUAAAGUGGUUUAGUAAAUAAUCUGUGUAAAUCAUUGAAUUAUUGUGUAGUACAUAUAUAAACACAGGAUAUUUAUAUACAUUGUAUAUGUAUACCGUGGUAUGUAUAUGUAUGGAGCAAAGAAGUAAUCCUAAGUGUGGACAUGAAAUAUGUCAAAUUUUCGAGGCAAUCCGCCCCUUUAUCAAGACACAGAGAAUACAAAUACAAUCACAUGAUAUUGUAUAUUCUAGUACUAUUUAUAUAUAUUAUGUGAUCAUAUUUGUAUUCUCUGUGUCAUGAUCAUGAUAAAGGGGUGGAUUGCUAUAUUUUUAAACAAUCUGUUAUAGAAUUGGUAGGGGAUGGCCAGUAGAGGUUUUGGUUAGUGUUUGGCAUUGCUUUGGAAUGGGGAGCUGGUUUUGGCAAGAGUGUGGUAGAAAUUGUUUCACACUUGCAUUGAAUUUGAGUACAUGUGUUUGCAUUUUGGAACUUCCCUUUUCAGAUGUAGCUUAUCUAGAUCACACUUAGUGUUUUUUCCAUUUCCAUGUUUUUGUCAACAGCUAAUUAACUUACGCAAUACCGUUAACACAACAUCUCUCACUUGUAGUAUGACCAAGCAUGUUUUCCCUUAAUUUCCUGUUCAUGCACUCUCUUUACCCUCAUUCUCUGCAGUUUUCUUUAAUUUACACAUGUACAAUUUACGUAUAAAUAGUGCAUACUUUCCUUUCAUUUAGAUCUAUGUAUAAAUUAUACAUGGCAAUUGUCUUAUUACCUAAAUAUGGUUAUUUAGGAGUAGAACACUGGUGCAUUUUCAUAGUUUUAUUUACAGGUUCCUCAUGAUCACACUUAGGGAUGGUAUUUUUAUUCUCACACUCAUAUAACUAGAAAAGGGACUGAAAAACAUAACCAUUGAGUCCCUUUAGAUUAAUUUUCAAAAGAAAAACAAAGACUUUCCAGGGUCAUUUUUUUAACUUUUGAAAAUUAACAAUUGAAUGAGGCUAUAGCUAUAAGAAGCAGUGAUUUAAGUAUACCACAGAACAAUGUAUAUUUCUCCAAGAAUCCCUUGUCAGAUCUACUGGAAUCUUAUAUAUGUAUGUAUAUAGUUUUAUACUUCAGUUGUAAAUAGAUUCAUUCACCAGUCAUUUUGUGUAAGCUUGGAUUAGUACAUACAAGGAUAUGUAUCGGACAUGUACAGUACUAUACAUGAACACUGUUUAUAAGAACUGUGUAUACUGUACAUGCACAUUUUGUGUAAAACAUGUACAGUGUAUUGUACACAAUUAUAUAGAGUGUUUAAUGCACUAUAUAUGCAUAUUGUUCACUGUAUGCACAAUGUGUGUACACUUUUACAUCAUAUGUACAUUGUAUGACAUGCUAUGUACAUUGUAUGACAUCUUAUGUACACUGUAAUGACAUCUUUUGUACACUGUAUAACAUUGUAUGCAUACUGUAUGAUAUUGUAUUACACUGUAUGACAUCGUAUGUACAAUGUUUGACAUUAUGUACACUGUAUGACAUUGUCGACGUCUUAACAGUUUUAUGUUGUGUGUAUGUACAUUGUAUGACAUUGUCUGUACACUGUACAUAUAUGUAUGCACGUUUUAUGUACGCCGAAUGCACAUUAUGUACCUAGAUUUGGGUAGAAAGGAAGAAAAUUAUUCUAUAUUUUGGAUUGAUUUUUACCUCAGAUAUGAACAUGUGUCAUGAUAAAAACAUAUCUUAAUAAAAAAAUUAUCAGAAAUAA